AUGGCGCAGCAACGGCCGGAUUUUCUCGAUCUCAGGUCGAAAUCGCAAGCCUCCGUUUCGCGGCCCCUGCGAUCACCCCGCCUCCAUGUUGCCGGCGAAGCGCCACCCGAACUUUCGCCUCUCGACGCCUUCGCAUUGCAGAGCCGGCUGCUCGCAAAGCAGCUGGAGGAAAGCGCAAAACAGGGUCGCCGCAUGAGCCGCCUCCCCCCGUUGACUGUCGAGAGCCCUUUGAUUGUUCAAGGCAGAUCGGACUACUUCCGCUCUCUAUCGCACGACUCCGCGUCUGACGACGAACACCCGCCCCUCCAAAAUGUGGGACUUGGUUUGAAGACGGAGGUGGACAAUGAUCUUACCAACCGGCCCAGGUCGAUGCACCCGCGCUUGAGCCAGAUCCCACCCACUCCUGACGACUCCAUACCAGUACCAGCCGUUCCAAAGACCAACCUGGAGCCUUUCGACGCCAGCCAACGAACCGAUACAGGGACAGGGGAAGGGUUCUUUGAUGAUGAGGCGCGGAGGGAACAUUCGCCGUCGCCCAUGGGAAUUUCCCCUUCUCCGAGCAAGGAGCCCGAGGGCAGCUCCGCGACCCAGGACAGUCUGCCCCAUCAGUCGCCGGUGGCCAGCGCGUCGAUAACAAGCUCUCCUGAGCGAGUAGCUAAGAACUCGUUCGAUGCUGCUAGCCUUGUCCCUCCCAGGCCAUUGUUCACCAAGCGGUCCUCCAGCCUGAUGUCAUCACCGCUGGAUUCAACCGAUGAAGAAGCGAUAAGCACACUGAGCACAUCGAUUCACUCCCAGCGCUCGCGCAAGUUUUCUUCCAGCAGCAGUGUUCUGUCUCCAGCCUACCCACCAUAUCAACGCUCACCAUCAGUUGCUUCAGACGCUUCUGCCCUUCCCCGACCGCAGUUCAACUUCUCUAGACCUCUCAGCCGAGCAGGCACACCGAGUUUCGAGCCGCCAGCACGCCAAGCCUCAUCAGACAGCCAUAGCUCUUUCUACCCGACAGACGACGUCGCCUGUGCCUCGAGUGGCUUGACCCCUCAAACAUCCCGUGAAGGCGCUGGAGAUGAGGGCAACUCGGCAGCGCCAUCAUACAUCUAUUCUAAAUUCUCCCUACCCCGUGGCAAGGCCUUGGACAGAUCCUCAGUUAUCCUGCUCAACGACCCUCCUGCGCGGCCCUCGGUCGACCAACCCUUAUCACCCUCAACCAGCACCCAGAGUUAUCCUGGGGUAGGACAACCACCGCCCUCUCCUCCCACUCGGCCUUCUAGCUCCUCUGGCAGCCGCCAGUUUGAUGGGCCACGACCAUCGCAGGAGCGGAGUAAGCUGAGUACCGAAAUAAUGCGGCCCGCCCAGCAACCUUCCCCCAACCCCAGCAGACCGUCAACAGAGAGCAUCAAUGUAUCGGAAGAAGAGCACCGCGGGCGAAGCUUGGUCUCCCGCGCACGUGGCACUGCAGCGGCGAACUCGUCGGUGUCCGCUGCCACUAGCGACACGGCAAGCACCAUCAAGGCUGGAAAGUCUAUGCAUGCUGUCGCGCCUACUAUGUCAGAUCUGUCAGCGGAGGAGCAUGUCAGCAAAGCGGUUGCUCUGCAUGAGAGCGGCGCUCUGCAGGAGUCGACGUGGCACCUGCGACACGCCGCGAAACAGGGCCAUCCCACCGGGAUGCUGCUCUAUGCUCUUGCCUGCCGACACGGCUGGGGAAUGCGGCCGAACCCGCGGGAAGCCGUGCAGUGGCUCCGUAAAGCUGCAGACUCGGCCAGUCUAGAGAUGGCCGACGAAGAAGGCCAAGGUAAGGAGGGCAAGCCGGCCGAUGUUGCGGAGCGCAAGACGCGUAAGGCGCAAUUUGCACUCAGUAUCUACGAGCUGGGCGUCAGCCACAUGAAUGGGUGGGGUAUCGAGCAAGACAAGGCUCUCGCUUUGCGAUGUUUUGAAAUUGCGGCAUCAUGGGGUGAUGUUGAUGCGCUUGCCGAGGCAGGCUUCUGCUAUGCCCAAGGCAUCGGCUGCAAGAAGGAUCUCAGAAAGAGCGCCAAGUUCUACCGCGAGGCUGAAGCCAAGGGCAUGAGCAUGGUCGGCAACAGCUGGAUUCACAAAGCCAAGUACGACGAUGACAAAGAGAAGCAGGCCCGAUCCAAGUCGAGGUCCAGAAAAAGCAUCUUUGGUAGGAAGAAAGAGCACUGA